UUACUCCUACUCGGCGCUGAUCGCCAUGGCCAUCCACAGCGCGCCCGGCCGCCGGCGCACCCUCAGCCAGAUCUACCAGUACGUGGCCGAAAACUUCCCUUUUUAUAAGAAAAGCAAAGCCGGCUGGCAGAACUCCAUCCGCCACAACCUCUCCCUCAACGACUGCUUCAAGAAGGUCCCGCGGGACGAGGACGACCCGGGCAAAGGCAACUACUGGACCCUCGACCCCAACUGUGAGAAAAUGUUCGAUAACGGCAAUUUUAGGAGGAGGAGGAAGAGACGGGCCGAAGCCGGAGCGGCCGAGGGGGCCGGGGGCAGUGGUGGGGGCCCUGGAGUGACUGCAGCUCCCCGGGUGCACCGAGAUGCACUAACCCACGAGAGAGGCGUAUUUUUGUAACGUCCCCUGGAAGAGGUGGAGGACCCUUCCCGAGAUACAGCGAAGAGACUGACCUUGGAGCUGGGACACCGGUGGUUUCAGGCAACACACAUUUUCUUCUGCUUCAGGGAACCAAGCUCUGGAUCCAACCGUACGGACUGAACUCCCUAUUUUCACUUUGGGACUAUUUGCCCUGGGACGAUGUGCCAUUGCAGCACCCUGAAAAUGCAGCAAAAGGCAGAAGAGGAGGGCCCCGGGGGGCUGCAGGUGCUUCAGGUUUUCCCAGCGUGGUCUUUGUUUGCAGCUGAGCUGGGUCCUGGGCUGGGGGAGUCCAUGGGUGGCUCAGACCGUGCUGCAUUGCCUGAACUUUUCUUCAGGGACCGUUUAAGAUGAUGAUUCAAUGUGUACGUGGAGGCCUCCACUUGUAUCCCUUUGUGCUUCUGUUGUACUCUAAUUCUAUUUUUGUGUAUUGGAAAGAAAAAGAGGAUUUUUUUUAAAUAAAUCAAUCUACUUGGAGCAGAGAAGUUGCAAUCCCUCUAAGCAAAAACACUGCUUGUUGUUUAUAUAGGCAACAACAUGUUGCCUAUAUAAAAAAGAGAAGGGACUGUCAUAUAAUCAUAAAUCAUCUUUUUGGGAGCAGGCACUGCUUGCAAGGUAAAGCUGUGGUUGGUGGAUUAGCAGAUAAUGUGCUGAACAUUUAAUUCUGGGACCGUGCUUUGGCCCAGCUUCGAGUCCGAAGCCAAGUGGGUGUGGAGGGCUCUCCUCUGCUCCUGGCAGACAACGGUUGUCUUCACAAAGAACAACCAGGCAUGGCUUGCUUAUCAUCCCGGGCAGUUUUUCUUUGUGAAAUGGGUUGGACAAAGCUUGGGGAGUCCAUAGUGACCUCUGGCUCAUACGGGUGCAAGGGAUUUCAGUUGUGGGCAAACAGUGUCCGUGGGGUGUCUGCUGAGUUCUCUUGGGAGGGUCUGAUGGUGAGUUUCCCAAAACACUUGCUCCCUGUCCCUGCAGUUCUCACUGGCUCAGCAGGCAAGAGAGACAGCAGCUGAAAAGGAGAGACAGAGUUUUCAUUUCUUAACAACGUUCCCAAAUCUUCAUCUAUGAAUGACUCUACUGAGCUUAAGUCCUUAUAUUUUAAUUUUAGUUGUAUUUUAAUCUAAUUGCAAAAGCAAUAAUUCUGUGUUUUUAGAGUGAUUAUCACUUAGGACAAGCCCAUAAUAAAUGCAAACAGAAUGUGAUAAAUCAAAUUAAUUUCUACUUUUUAUUCAA